UUCCCGCAGGCUGCAAGCCCAGGCCUGGCGUUGUCGUUUGUCCUUGGGAGACAUGAGCGGGCUCCAGGUUGUGCGCCUCACGCCGUUGGAGCUGCUGCCGCCGCUGCUGCUGCUGCUGCCGCCGCUGCUCGGAACGCAGCCCCACGGUGAGCGGCUCUUAAGUGGCCGGCUCGGGGUCACAGUUGUAUGGCGGAGGGGACUGUGCGACAACAGGAUGUAGCAGGACCGAGAGGGGCCUGUAAUCCGUCUGCGCCGUCCCAGCACCUGCCAGGCCCUGGGCUCCAGGACUGCACCCUCGCGGUACCGGAGGAUGGACACUUUCGCAGUCCGGCACGGUCAGGUCCCGAGAAUUUGACCACGGUUCUCCCGGCCCUCUGCGCCCCUGCAGGCAGUCCCGGCGCACUGCAGUGCUUCAGAGUCGGUCCCUUGGGAAUCCUGAACUGUUCCUGGGAACCUCUGGGCGACUUGGAGAUUCCGCCUGUGCUGUAUCAUCAGAGUCAAAAAUACCAUUUCAACAGAACCCAGGAGGUGAAGGUGCCUUCCAGGCAGAGCUGGGUGACCAUUCCCCGGGAACAGUUCACCAUGGCUGACCAGCUCCUCAUCUGGGGGACACUAGAAGGACGACCUCUCUGGUCCCCUGUCUUUGUGAACCUGGAGACACAAAUGAAGCCUGACACCCCUCAGCUCUUCCCUGACGUGGACUUUUCUGAGGAAACGCCCCUGGAAGCCACUGUGCACUGGGCACCACCCCUGUGGCCACCUCAGACGGUUCUCAUCUGUCAGUUCAAAUACAAAAACUGCCAGGGUAAAGAGUGGGCCCAGCUGGAGCCACAACUGAGGACAGACCUGAUGACUCCUGUUGAGAUGCAGGACCUGGAACCUGGCACCAGCUACCAGGUGUCUGGACGCUGCCGAGUGGAGCACGGAUAUCCUUGGGGCGAGUGGAGCCGGGACCUGUCUUUCCAGACGCCACUCUCGGAUGUGUGGGUGUCGGGGAACGUCUGUGAAACAUCUGGCAAGCGGGCAGCUCUGCUUCUGUGGAAGGACCCAAAGACCUGUGUGCAGGUGACUUACAGAGUCUGGUGUGGGGCUGGAGGUGUUACUAGGACACAAGAAGAGGUCCCGUGUUGCAAGUUCCCCGUCCCUGCACAGACGGAGUGGGCAGCGGUGUCCAGUGGCAACAGCAGCAGCCAGGCGCCUCUCACCAACCUGUCUUUGGUGUGCUUGGCUCCAGAAUCUGGCCCCUGUGAUGUAGUGGUCAGCAGAACUGCUGGGAGCCCAGGCCUAACAGUGACCUGGAAGCAAGGGACCAGGAAACCGUGGGAGUAUGUGGUGGACUGGGCUCCGGAUGGUGACAGCCUGGACAAGCUCAACUGGGUCCAUCUCCCCUCGGAAAACCUCAGCACUUUGUUACUAGGAGAUUUCAAACGUGGGGUCCCCUAUCGAAUUACGGUGACUGCAGUCUACUCCAGGGGCCUAGCUGCUGCGCCCCCAGUUUGGGGGUUCCUAGAGGAAUUAGCACCCCUUGCUGGGCCAGCAGUUUGGCGACUCCAAGAUGACCCCCCAGGAACACCUACUGUAGCAUGGGGAGCGGUCCCCAGCCACCAGCUCCGGGGCUGGGCUACUCACUACACCCUGUGCAUACAGAGCACAGCCACAGCCUGCAGGAAUGUGAGCAGCAAUAUCCAGACUGUCACCCUGCCCAACCUACACUCGGGUUCCUUCAAGCUGUGGGUGAUGGUGUCCACCACUGGAGGACAGGGCCCACCUGGUCCUAGCCUUUGGCUUCAUCUACCAGAUAACGGGAUCAGGUGGAAAACUCUGCCCUGGGUCCUCUCCCUGGGGGGCUUGCUCCUGAUCAUCUGUGGCCUGAGCCUGGCCAUUACCAGCAACGUGUUUGCCACCGGCUUCCUGCUGGCCAGGUGCUUCCACCGUGGACACAAGCUGCUUCCUCGAUGGCUCUGGGAGAGGGUUCCUGACCCUGCCAACAGCAAUUCUGGGCAACCUUACAUAAAGGAGGUGAGCCUACCCCAGCCACCCAAGGAUGGGCCUAUCCUGCAAGUGGAGGAGAUGGAGCUACCGCCCGUGACAGAGUCCCCUAAAGCCUCUGCCCCACUUUACUCCGGGUAUGAGAAACACUUUCUGCCCACACCAGAGGAGCUGGGCCUUCUGAGGCCUCCAGCCCAUGGGUUCUAGCCUGUUCUGCUUCAGGCUGGGAGUUGUGUCGCCAUCUUGGAUUAGACUUUUUUAUUUUUUUAGCUUUUUGAGACAGGAUCUCAUCAGGGCUGAAACUCAAUAUAUAAACCAGGCUGGCCUGGAACUCACAGAAAGCCACCUGCCUUUGCCUCCCAAGGACUGAAAUUACGAGGGUGUGCCACCAUGCCCAAACAAUUUUUCUUUUUAAAGCCUCUGUAUCUUUGACAUCUUUUUGUGACUGCAGAAGAAUUAAUGCUCUCAUUGGCCCAA